CAAGCUUUAUUUAUGUUUUCAGUAAAAUAUGAUCUGCAUUUAGCGAUUUCCUUGCAUCGUGUGUCUGUAUUAUAGAGCUGUUUGCAUUCCUCAUUAGUGCACGGUCAGUAGCCACUUAGUUGUCAAGUGUCAUCACAGGAGCUGAACCAGUGUCCAUCCGCCAACUGAUUUCAAGUUUCAUGACUGUUUAUAUACUCUGAUGUGGUAGUGAGCACCAACAUCAGAUCAGACCUAUCACUUAUACAGCUGCUGAUUUUAGGAUAUGUUAACAAGAAACACAUGUUGGGCACUGAGCAGCUCAAGAGUGUUAAUUAUUAGAAAGCAGUCAUCAAGUUGGCUGCAGGGUAAGUGUCCCAUCUGUAUUUGUAAUAAGGGAGUAAAUCUGUCAUAUCCUUUCAUCAUACCACUGGACUUUUUUUCUUUCACAGUGGAUGUAAAGUUAACAGAAAUAGUCACAAUAAAGACAAAGAAAAAAUUAGGUAUGGGGGGCAAUUCAGUUGUCCCUCAGUAUGUUCUGUGCGUCUGUUUGGCCUUAUUUGUCCACAGUUGACACCAAAGUCAGACCUGUCUGUUGGCAUUGAAUUCACCUCAUUCCAAGACUCCUGCAACCUAUUUUGGAGUGUCAGUAAGCUGAUCUGCAAAGCCACCUCCUCAUUCCUCCCUGUUUCUCUUACUCUCCCUCAGCUCUGCUUUCCUGCCAAACCUGAUGGUGUGGCUAAAGUUAGCCCUCGUGGGCUAGUAUAUAAGGCCCCAAGGGGCCAAUACAUACAUGUCAGUCACAUCGGCUUGGCGUAGGCUUCUCUUCUUGACCACCAACAACUCCACAAACUUGAGAGAUGGCACCCAAGAAGGCCAAGAGGAGGCAGCAGCAGGGUGAGGGUGGAUCCUCCAACGUGUUCUCCAUGUUUGAGCAGAGCCAGAUUCAGGAGUACAAGGAGGCUUUCACAAUCAUCGACCAGAACAGAGAUGGCAUCAUCAGCAAGGACGACCUCAGGGACGUGCUGGCCACCAUGGGCCAACUGAAUGUGAAGAAUGAGGAGCUGGAAGCCAUGGUGAAGGAGGCCAGCGGCCCCAUCAACUUCACUGUCUUCCUGACCAUGUUCGGCGAGAAGCUGAAGGGUGCUGAUCCCGAGGACGUUAUUGUGAGCGCUUUCAAGGUCCUGGACCCCGAGGGUACUGGCGCCAUCAAGAAAGAAUUCCUUGAGGAGCUCCUGACCACCCAGUGCGACAGGUUCAGUGCUGAGGAGAUGACCAACCUGUGGGCUGCAUUCCCCCCUGAUGUGGCUGGCAAUGUGGACUACAAGAACAUCUGCUACGUCAUCACACACGGAGAGGAGAAGGAGGAGUAAACUGCCCUCUCUCAAGAUCCUUUUCUCCGUUCAAACCUGUACUCGUGCCACCAUCCACUCACUCCCCCUUCUCCAACGCCAUGACUUCCUUGCACACACUCGCACCCAGGCCUACUCUUUCCACUCACCAGUUCACCAUGAAAAGACUUCUCUCCUUUGUCGAGAUACUCAGCGAGAGGACGAGGGGGGUUUGGGGGUUUGUGUGUAAGUGCCAACAGGGGAACAUGGGAUUAUUUUCAAUAAAAUAAUCUUGUGACACUGAAACACUCUCUCUAUCUCUGUCCCUGCCUCUUGUUCCUCCUCCUUUUCCCCCUAUCAAUCAUUCUGUCCUUCUGUGUUGAGGCCAGCAGUGCAUGUAUCAUACCUACGCAUAGUGUGUAUGCAUAUACAGUCCAAUGUAUACAGCGGUUGAUCAAAACGUCUCUUGGGUGCUGUGGUGCAUGCACAGACACUUGCUUGAAACAAGUGAGCCAUCUGACCCAAAAGGUCUGUUAGUCUCAACCUUACAGAGUGUUUAAUGGCUUCUUCCAUUGACUGUAUUGGAGAGGAGUGCACAGUAAAAGAGUAGGAGUACUGCACUACAAUAGUUUGCCUACCCCUCUCUUUUAAUCAGUCUCUGACUCUCUUAUAUGUUGGUAUGAAAGGAAAAGUUGAAGUGAAAAGAGGAAAGCAUGAUUUUUUUAUUUUAAUCUUGUACAUAGAGAAAGAGAUGGUGAAAGAUGGUGAGUGGGAGAAAGAAAAGGAACAAACAAAAGUAAAAAAAAUCUUUGUUUUUGACUCUUCUUUGUCUCUCUCACCCCUGUUUCUCUCCUGUUGUUGUGACUGUGUCUGUCUCAACUGUAACUAAUAAAGAAGUUCAAAUAAACA